CUGCGAGCGUGGCCCGUCCCGGCGCGGGGCCGAGCAACAAGUGGCUGCUGCGCGGGCGGGGAGGGGGAGCCCGGCAGCGCCGGCGGGACCCGAGGAGCAGCGGCUCCUCCCCAGCGAGCUGCGGAAGGCGCAUCAGUCCCUGCCGGCGGGCGGAGGUGGAGGCUGCGUCCUGGGAUUGCUGCUGCCCCGUGUGUGGAUUAUAACUGGAGCUGCUGCCCAGCCGUGGUGCCCGCAGCGGGGGCCUGAGGGGGCGAGUGCACUGGGGACUCCCCCCCCCCCUUUUGGGGUGGCUGCUUGGGGCGGGGCUGGUUCUCCAUGAAGGACCCGAGUGCCUAUAGCAUGUAGAAGCCGAACCUCCGCACCAGCGGGGUCCCCGCCCCGAUCGCCUCCUUUCUGUGCCGGGGAGCCAUGGUGUAUGCUGGCAGCGGGAGAGCAUGAAGCCUGCAGGAUGGGCGCGAACAAUGGCAAACAGUACGGCAGUGAGGGCAAAGGCAGCUCAAGCAUCUCAUCCGACGUGAGUUCAAGUACAGAUCACACACCGACCAAAGCUCAGAAGAAUGCGGCUACCAGUGAAGCAGACAAAGGAGCUGGCUCUGGGAAUUUCUCAAGAGGAAGUCAUAGUGGCAGGCGUAGUUACGGAGAGACAAAAAGUAACAGACUCCGACCUGAGCAUGCGGACACUCAGCACACCCAGCCCAGCGCUAAUAUGUCCGCAGAAUUCUCACGGCUUCCAGAAUGGCCGAGGAUCUUCCACUUCUUCAUCCUCAGUCACCGGGGAGACAGUUGCUAUGGUCCAUCCACCUCCUCCAACCCGCCUUACUCAUCCUCUCAUCCGGCUGGCGUCCAGACAGCAGAAAGAACAGGCCAACAUAGACCGUCUCCCAGACCACUCCAUGAUCCAAAUUUUCUCUUUCCUGCCUACCAACCAGUUGUGCCGUUGUGCACGAGUGUGUCGGCGCUGGUAUAACCUUGCCUGGGACCCACGGCUUUGGAGGACUAUUCGCCUGACAGGCGAAACAAUCAACGUAGACAGGGCUCUUAAAGUGCUGACCCGGAGGCUUUGUCAGGACACGCCAAAUGUAUGUCUCAUGUUGGAGACGGUAAUUGUUAGUGGCUGCAGGCGGCUCACAGACAGAGGACUCUACACCAUUGCCCAGUGUUGUCCAGAGCUGAGGAGGCUAGAGGUGUCGGGCUGUUACAACAUCUCCAAUGAAGCAGUCUUUGAUGUGGUGUCGCUGUGUCCAAACCUUGAGCACCUGGAUGUGUCAGGCUGUUCCAAAGUGACAUGCAUUAGUUUGACCCGCGAAGCCUCCAUCAAGCUGUCCCCAUUACAUGGCAAACAGAUCUCUAUCCGCUACCUGGACAUGACAGACUGUUUUGUGCUCGAGGACGAAGGCCUGCACACCAUCGCCGCACACUGCACUCAACUGACUCAUCUGUACCUGCGCCGCUGCGUCCGCAUCACCGAUGAAGGCCUCCGUUACUUAAUGAUUUACUGCACAUCCAUCAAGGAGCUGAGCGUGAGCGACUGCCGCUUUGUCAGCGACUUCGGCAUGCGGGAGAUCGCCAAGUUGGAGUCGCGCCUGCGGUACCUCAGCAUCGCACACUGCGGUCGCAUCACAGACGUGGGCAUCCGUUACAUUGCCAAGUACUGCAGCAAGCUGCGCUACCUCAAUGCGCGGGGCUGCGAGGGCAUCACGGACCAUGGCGUGGAGUACCUCGCCAAAAAUUGCACAAAACUCAAAUCAUUGGAUAUUGGCAAGUGCCCGCUGGUCUCAGACACCGGCCUGGAGUUUCUGGCUCUGAACUGCUUCAACUUGAAGCGCCUGAGCCUGAAGUCAUGUGAGAGCAUCACAGGCCAGGGCCUACAGAUCGUAGCUGCGAACUGCUUUGACCUGCAGAUGCUGAAUGUGCAGGACUGUGAGGUUUCCGUGGACGCCCUGCGUUUUGUUAAACGCCAUUGCAAGCGCUGUAUUAUUGAGCACACCAACCCUGCUUUUUUCUGAAAGGACGCUCUGCACCUGUUGAUUAAAAACAUUAAUGUAUAAACACACGCUCCCACAUACAGUACCUAGCUCUUCUCUGUAUGGCUUGUGGGAGUCAGCUUUCUUGUAUGGUGCUGGUGAGGUUUGUUUUUUUUAAAGAAUAUUUUUGGUUUUAAACUAUCACUUUUUUAUUUGAUUGGGUCUCUGUGGAGAUGCUUCUUUAACCUAAAAGCAAUGAGUGCUCCUCAGCACCAUGGCAGUGCUAUACCCCUGGUAGCCCUGACGCUUUCCUAGCCUGAACUAGCUCUCCAAAGGGAAUAGCACAUAAUCACUCCCUUUGAGGUGCAACUUGAGCAGCAUUAAAUCUGAGCUCCAGCUGUGUUCAAGAAGCUGCAGAGGCACUAUUUGUCUCAAAACCCACCUCCCAAAUUCCUCCAACAUGGCUGAUGCAACACCACCUUGUCUAAGUAGCAUCUUCUGGGAAGUCCCUUAACCAUGUUCCUUUCAACUGAAGAAAUGGCCGUUGUUGAGUAAAGAAUUGCAGUAUCAGUACUGCCUCAUAUGGUUGAAGACGGUUAUUCUAACAGGUGUUACUGGUAUAGCUGCUCUCUCUUGCCAAUGCAAUCAAUUUUGAGGCUUCCCCCUACUCAUUGUCCCCUUCCUUCCCUGAGCGUGUGAUCAUUUCAUGAUUAGUUGCCAGAAGACUGUGAUGGAAGUUCUUUCCCACUUAUUUCUGGCAAGUCCCAUCCAGUCCUUAGAUCUGAAAGCCAGACUCAUUAGAAGUGAUGAUAUUUUCAGGCAGGCCCCCUGCAUAUGAUUGACAACUGAUUCAUAUGUUAGGCUCAAUCACUGUAAAUGUCUCUGCUAGAGAGAUGUGGGGAGGAAAACACUCUGUCUGGUUUUCAUAGAACAGUAGCUGCAUCGUCUCCAGACAACAUUAAUAAUGUCACUGAGAUGAAAUGAAAAUCCAUGUGUUUAAGAACAUACAUAAUCACUAAGGAAAUAAUCUGUAGCCACACUCACACAAUGUAUAAAAGGCAGAGCUGGCAGGAUGUGUCCUACUUGUGAGAAAAGUUCGUUAGCCUGUGCAUAUUGCUUCUCCAUUUGUCAGUUUGUGUAUUUUUUCACUUGCAGGAUAUUGUGUCUCAUAGGCAAACUCAUUAAGCAUCCUUCAGUUCCCUCUGAAUUAAAUAAUACUGUUCAAAAGAGACGAGGGGUAGGAGCCAAAACGAUUGCGGGGAAAAGCUCUUACAGCUCCUCAUUACCACUCUGUCACUAAUCGGUGUAUGUUAGGGAGUGGUGCCAUUUUAUGUCAACUAACAUCAGUUUAGCUUCCUUUUUUUACAAAGCUGAUUUUUCAGGAGGUUGCACAGUGGAUUUUAUCCCAGCUAGCUAUUCUCUUCACUGUCCUCAAGGAGAGUUAAGCUGUUGAAUUCAUUCUCAAGGUUGGUGUGAAUUUGGCAGAGCCAUUUGCACUCGAGGUCUCAUUAGUGACAUUUAAGUGUUUAUAAAAAGUUGCUACCUUUCUGGCUAUGCUAAAUUGAAUGAAUACUGCUACAUGGUUUUUAAAGGUUCUAGUGUCUUCAAUUGGCCUGUACUGUGUGAAUCUCACUAUAAAGCCUUAAUUUACUACCAAGAAAUAAAGCAAUAUAUUGGUAACUGACAAA